AUGCAAAUUGAACAGCUUACACAAAUUCACAUCCGGGACGAUCUUGGGGAGGUUCGGUCCAUAUCGCAACAGAACUCCGAUGCGGCAUUCUUCGCUAAUGAGGAAGCUCGGUUCCAGGAAAGGUUACUGAAGCUAUGCCCCGCGAAUCUCUGGCACAAGGCUUCUUACACGGCAGGAUGCCCACGACCUGUACUAGUGGGUCGACAACACCAGCAGCAGCUGAAACAUCUUCAUGAAGCUUUGACAGCGGCGAUUACGGAUGUUGUGCAACGCUGGUGGAGUGAUGGAGAUGCACGGUUCCCAGAACGUAUGCCACUAGAGGCAGAGGAGGAGGAACUUCUGCAAUGGAUCGAGGGCCAGGUCAUUAUCGGAAACCUGCCGCAAUUCUCGCAGUGUCAGGGAUCAUGGCGUCCAGACUUUCUGGUAGAGGACAGUAGCCAGCGCGAAGAGAAUUACUGUGUUACAGAAAUCAACGCGCGCUUCUCCUUUAACGGAUUCAUGCACGAGGCUUAUGGCCAGGCGGCAACCAACGAGAGCUUAGAGAGCGCGGGGACGGUGCUUAUCCCCGCAACUGACCCGGACACUAUAUUGGAAGGGCUUUUCAGCUUGUUCGAUCCCGAGUACCCGCUCCAUCUUCUGAAGGGUACCGAAAGAGGUAUCGACAUCCACAUGUUCAUUGAUGCCGUCGAACAUCGUUUCGGGGCAAAGCCACGACUCAUUACACCCGCAGAUCUCAGACUAUUCCCCGAUGCACGCAGCAAAAGCGGGUUCCGGCUGUGCUGCGCCAUACAAGAUCGCGAUGGCCAAGUCCCCAAUACCUGGCGAUUUGUAUCCCCGCACGGUGAGAUCUACGAAGAGAUACAUCAGGUUGGGCUUGAGCUACAUCAGCGGGAACUCCUCGCUCUCGAACCGGAAAUGCUGCGUCAGAUCUCCUUGCGGUGUUUCAAUGAUAUGCGAACAAUCCUUCUCGUACAUGACAAGCGAAUGCUGGGCAUUUUGAGACAGGAAAUCCCGCAGCUAUUGGCCCGAGGAGUAGUUACCGCAGGUCAAGCUGAAGCCUUACGUCUCGGCCUCGUGGAGACACUACUUCCCGGUUCGAAGGAGCUGAAAGGUCUGCUGGAAAUGUCCCUUGCUUCUCCCGAUUUGAGACACAGCUACAUACUCAAGCCAAUCCGCAGUGGCAAAGGUAAUGGCAUCAUUUUCGGAGACGAUGUUACGGCACCCGAAUGGGCAUCCCUUCUUCAAGCUCUCACAUCUCCCAGCGGUGUUUCCGCGGAGCUGUGCGUGGUACAGAGACUCAUCACUCCGCGUGAAUAUGAUCUAGUGUUGCGCGCUUCAAAAGGAAUGGUUCGAUAUCCUCUGGUGGGUACGUAUCAUGUUUCAAACGGGAAUUUGCUCGGUCUCGGGACCUGGCGGGCGAGCGGAGGCCGAAUUGUUGCUGUGUCAUCUGGAGGAUCUUGGAUUUGUUCAGUCAUGAAAGCUGAGAGAGAAGUUCGGGAAGAAUGA